AUGAAUUAGCAUUUGUAGAAGUUGGAAUAGAUUCUCAUUAAAUUUAAUGACAAGCACUAACUAUUAAGAAGAGGAAUAUAUGUCGGAUUUAUUAUUAAUGCAGGCUUAUUCUACUCAUAAAUGACUAAAUUUGCCGCAUUGAAAAGAAUGCAAGAAUAUAUGGUUGAAAAAACCUAACAAUUCGAAAGCAGAUUGAGCUCUGAGCAAGAGCAAAUUAUCAAAUCUCUUAAAGAGUGAGUGUGAAUAAAAGAAACUUUAAAUCAAAAUACAAUUAAUCAUAUAAUAAAUAAAGCAAAUUCCAUCAUAUAACUUAUAUCU